AUGGGAGUUGACCUGCGUGAUAUGAAGCCGUCGUCUCGCUCCCUCAUAGGAUUCAACGGAGCUUCUGAAACAAUGAUCGGGACAAUCAAACUCCCAGUCUACGCAUGCGGGGUAAUGCGCACAGUCAAGUUCUCCGUCAUCAGAACGAAGGCUCCAUAUAACGUGAUCCUCGGGACCCCUUGGUUGCAUUCGAUGAAGGCAAUAUCAACAACCUAUCAUCAGUGCGUGAAGUUCCCAGCACCAAACGGUCAGGUGCAAACACUUCGAGGGGACCAGCAGGCCGCACGCGACCUACUGAUUGCAACGGUGAGGAUGCAACAAUCGACUCCUCGCAUCAACGCGAUAUCAAAACAGAUUAAGCCCCAAAAGGACGAGAUUCUAGAAGUCACACUUGAGGACUCUGGCCAAAGCAAAGUAGUUCGAGUCGGCGCAUUCCUCUUCGAAGAAAUGCAAUGCGUGAUCAUCGACUUCCUGAAGCAAAACACAUCGACCUUCGCUUGGACGACCUCAGACAUGAAGGGAAUAUAUCCCACCAUAACGUCCCACGGGUUGAAUGUCGAUCCAACCAUCAAGCCCAUUCGCCAGAAAAGACGCAAGCUUGGCCCCGAAUGA